GUAAAAAAACAAUAAAAACUGAAACCCAAAUAAAAAACCAUAUUUCGUAUUUCUUAGGACCCCGGAGACUAAGAUAUCCCUCCGCCUAAUCCGAAGGCCAUGCCCGAUGACACACAGGAUGCGAAGGCGCAGAAGUUGGCCGCUGCAAGGAAGAAGCUGAAGGAGUACCAGCUGCGCAACAACAACAACAGCCAUCCGGCGUCCGAGGAGCCCCUGCCCUCGCACUCGUCCACGGUCAGCAUAGCCAGCAACUUGUCGGAACGCUCCGACUGUGAGACUAGUACCAAUGGAGCUGCUGGAGCCGGAGCCGGCAAUUUGCCGCCACAGGAGCAAACAGCUGUGCCUACAGCCGCCUCGUUUUUCACAAACAACCAGGAACCAGACAUACCACUGUCCACACAGAACAGCGGAAGUGCUGACGCGUCCAAUUUGCAGGCCUUCCAGGUUAUUAUUGCCGAGAAGGCGCAGCUGAAUACCGAACUGACCAGGGCACGCCUUACAUGCCGUGAGCGCGAGCUGGAACUCGAGGAGCUGCGCACCCUAAAGGACCAGACCCAGCAACGGUUGGAUCAACUGCAGCUGUAUCAUCAAGAGCAGCAGUCACAGACCGAGCAGCAACGUCAGCACAGUACCCUGCUCCAGAGCCAAUUACAGCAGUCUCAAGCACAAAUCGCGGACCAGAAUACGCAUCUUCAUGAACUGGAGGCCCAGCUCAAGCAGGUCAACCUUCGGCAAGAGGACCUGCAGCAACAGCUGGCCAGCAAAACCAACGAGCUUGAGAUGGCACAGCUCAAGUUGCGUCAACUCUCUGACGAGUCCAACAUAACUUCCGACAAUCGUGUAGAAUCGUUGGUGCAGACCCAGUACAUGUAUGAGCAGCAGAUACGCGAUCUCCAGGCAAUGGUGGGCCAACUGGCGCAGGACAAGGAACAGGCUGCCGGUCAGUACCAAAAUUAUGUGCAGCACCAGAGCGGUGAGAUCGCCAAGCUCAACGAGCGAAACGCCGAGCUCUCCGAAGAGCUAAAUGCCCUUCGGGAGAGGGAAAGGCAACUGGUGGAGCACGUGAGCAGUCUGGAGAAGGACAUUCAAAAAAACCUGAGUAUGCAGGCUCAGUUUAAAGAAGCCAACCAAGAUGUGCCCAAAAAGGAGGAGAAUGGAGUUGAACAGGAAAAGAUUGCUUUGGAGGAGCAACUGGGCGCCUUGAAGGAACGUCUCAACGACUUGGACUUCGAACGUCACGAGUUUCAACUGAAGAUCAAGUCGCAGGACGACCAGCUGAAGUUGAAAGAUGCGGCGCUGGCCGAAUUGGAGCAGGAACUGGAACGCUUACAGGCGGUACAACCGGACCAGACCAAGCUGCUGGCCACCAUGGAGUCGGACAAGGUGGCUGCGUCUCGGGCCCUUACCCAGAACGUUGAGAUGAAGCAGCAGCUGGAUGAACUUCAACAGCGGUUUGUCCAGCUAACCAAUGACAAGGCCGAGCUUGUCAUAAAGUUGGAUGCCGAAGAGUUUGCCAAUCGCGAAAUACGUCAGAACUUUACGAGUAUGGAGCAAAAGCUGCACGCUAAUGAGGAGCGCUUCAAGUUCAAGGAUGAGGAGAUGAUCCGGCUCUCCCACGAAAAUGUGGAGCUCCAACGACAGCAGCUGAUGAUGCAGCAGCAGUUGGACCGCCUGCAACACUACGAGGCCAAGGCUUAUCAUAGCCAUGAGGAGAAGCCAAAAGAAGACGGAGGAGGAGAGAUUGAUGGAAAAGAUGCAGCAGAGUUGGAAAGCCACGAUCAUGACCAUGGCGAUCACGCUGACCAUUCCCAUUGUCAUUCGCAAGAUCAUUCCCACAAUCAUUCACAUGAUCAUGAAACCGAGGAAAACCAUAAUCAUUCACAUGACGAUGGCCAUGACCAUAACCACGACCAUGCCCACGACCAUCCUCACAAUUCUGUUCAAAAGCUUAGACCUUCAGGUACUCUGCCCACCGCCGAGGCCGUCGAGAGGUUGCAAUCCCGCUUCACAACGUUGAUCAGCCAGGUGGCCGACUUGACCGAGGAAAAGCACAGCUUGGAGCACCUGGUGUUGCAGCUGCAGAGCGAAACGGAGACCAUAGGCGAGUACAUCGCCCUCUACCAGACGCAACGCCGCAUGCUCAAGCAGCGGGAGUACGAGAAGGCCGCCCAGAUGCGGCUGCUGCAGGCGGAACGCGAGCAGCUGCGCGAGAAGAUCGAGGCGCUUAACAAACUCGUUGUGAGCCUGGGUGUGGAGUUACCUCCGGAUCCAGGGCAAGUAGAGCCACAGGAAGCGGCCGUUAACAGCAAAGCACCGGCCGCCACGGAAGGACAGGAAAACUCGCAACAAAUCAUCAAUAAGAUUCAAGACAUCAUAAGCGAGAUCAAGGAAAAUACUGAGCAGCCUGCGCAUCAUCAUACUGGCGACCAUUUGAACUGCUGCCUGGGAAAGUUCGAGGUGGUCUAAGUGGCGACCACCGCCGCAUCCUUGUCCUCUGCUCGCCAAGUGCAAUUACCGUCUGCUUACGUAAAAACCAUUCAAUUUGCUACUGUAUUUAAAUGUAUAUCGAACCGAACUCUGGUUCGACCAGGGUCUUUUGUAAAUUUUUUCAAACGAUGUAUCCGAAUAUAAAAAUAUUUGCAUCUAAGACGAGUCUAAAUUUAUCCCAAGUAAAAUUUAUUAUCAAAAAAAUAUUAGUGUAUGUUUUAUUAAAAGAAAUCGUAAUUAUUACAAACUUGUUCUUAAAGAUACAACAUUUGUCCAAAUUGGCAUCUAAAAUGGGAUGCAUUUAAAAUUUAUAUUUUAUUUGAUUUCUAAUUCUAAUUAAAAUUUCCAAGAAAAUUGUAAAA